GAGAGGGGGCGGGACAACGUCGCACGUCACCUGAUUGCACACUCCGACUGUCAAUCAACCAAGAGGCGUGGUCAAGCUGCGGCCUGGUCGUCGUUGCUACGGGAAGUGGAGCCUGACUGGUAGUAGUGCAGCCGUGCGGCCGAGAUGGGCGGCACGGUGGCGCAGCGGUAGAGUUGCUGCCUUACAGCGCUUGCAGCACCGGAGACCCGUGUUCGAUCCCGACUACGGGUGCUGUCUGUACGGAGUUUGUACGUUCUCCCCGUGACCGCGUGGGUUUUCUCCGAGAUCUUUGGUUUCCUCCCACACUCCAAAGACGUACAGGAAUUCUUAAUAUGAUUGAGAUCAUUUGCAACGACCGUUUGGGGAAGAAGGUUCGUGUGAAGUGCAACCCUGAUGAUACCAUUAAGGAUCUGAAGAAGUUAAUAGCUGCACAGACUGGGACAAAAUGGGACAAGCUCGUCUUGAAAAAAUGGUACACCAUUUUCAAGAAUCACGUUCAGUUGGAGGAUUAUGAGAUCCACGAUGGAAUGAACUUGGAACUAUAUUACCAGUGAAGUGUAUUGCAGUCUGUGAAAUCUGCCACAAUUGACCAACAACUCAUGGAGAAACAAGCUUGCGGCUUCAAAAUGAACAUUUCCUUUGUGCAUUUCUGCACCGCACCUAUAACCUUUGUUUAAGAGUGUUCUUUGUACUGUAAAACGAGUUUAACUUUUGAUUUCUGAUACAAUUUUCCAAUGUUUAUUAGCAAAUAAAGUGGCUAAUGCGUG